UUUUUUAAAGUGCUGAUGUCGUUUCAGAACUUAAACCAAGCCUCCAAAAGUCCACACGGCGAGUUGCUUUCUGGCUUUUCGGCAGGAAAGUCUUCUUUUUAAAGGCGGAGCCCAGUUUUACUCAGAUUUUAAAAGAAGCCUUAUGAAAGAGGGAAUAAUAUAAAGAAAAUUACCCGAAGAGCUUUGUUGCAAUUGAGCGCCCCCUUCUCAGCGGGCACAGUCUUUUUCUCCGCCGCCUGCGUUUGUGUCUUUAAAACUACCAGAAUGAACCGAAGUUUUAAUCGGUCUCAACCCCUGCGGAACGCGGAUCUUAACGCCGUGGAGGUGAAAAGCAAGUACGGCGCCGAAUUCCGCCGCUUCUCGGUGGACCGCCUCAAACCGGGCAAGUUUGAAGAGUUCUACAAACUCAUUCUGCACAUCCACCGCAUUGCCAACACGGAGGUGAUGAUUGGCUACGCCGACGUGCACGGAGACCUGCUGCCUAUCAACAACGAUGACAACUUCUGCAAAGCAGUGUCCACCGCGCACCCCCUGCUCAGGAUUUUCAUACAGAGACAAGAAGAGAUGGACUGCGCUAACUUUGGCAACAACACCAUCACUCGCAAGAAGAAGACUGUAGUGGCUCUACGCAACAACGACAUCAACCGAAAGAGGGCACAAAUCCGCAUCGGCAUGCCACAGGACUUCCGCCCCGUCUCUUCCAUUAUUGACGUGGACAUCCUGCCGGAAUCGCACCGCCGCGUUCGACUUUAUCGCCACGGCUCGGAGAAGCCCUUGGGAUUCUACAUCCGAGAUGGCACCAGCGUGCGCGUGACUCCUCACGGCUUGGAAAAGGUGCCGGGGAUCUUCAUAUCCCGACUCGUUCCCGGCGGGCUGGCCGAGAGCACGGGUCUGUUAGCGGUCAACGACGAAGUCCUGGAGGUGAACGGGAUCGAGGUGAGCUGGAAGUCGCUGGACCAGGUAACGGAUAUGAUGAUCGCCAACAGCCACAACCUGAUCGUCACCGUCAAGCCCGUCAACCAGCGCAACAAUGUGGUGCGGAGCAGCCGCAUCUCCGGCAGCUCGGGCCAGUCGUCAGACAGCAGCGGUUCCACCGGGUACCCUGCUCUGUCCGCGCCCCCGCCCUCUGGUCCUCAGGGCUACCAGGAUGACUUGGAAAGCGACGACGAGACCGACAUUGUCAUCGAGAGCAGCCUAAAGCGGCCUUCCCAGAGGUCCAACGCCUCCUCGACGCCCGGCGUGUAUCGCUCGCAGCACCGGCAUACACCGACUGCAGCGGCCUCGGGUCCCGCAGUGACGCCUCCGUCGCGCCCUCUAUCGGUCGUAUCCACCGCUUCCUUUCACUCUCAGACGAGCCUCAACGGGGGGUCGUACCACCAGCACCAGCCGCAGCAGCAUCAGAGCAGCCUGAGCUACCAGCUCCUCAGAGACCUCCAGCACAAUCAGCCCAGCUCUCAGCCGCCCUAUCACAGUAGCAACCCGGCGCUCCGUCACAGCAACGGGAGCCUGCACAAAAUUCUCAGCUCGCUGAAAACAGACCCACGACACAGCCUGGCCCUGCCAAGGGGAGGGGUGGAGGAGGAUGGCACCGUCAUCACGCUAUAAUAGCAGCAAAUAUCAAUAUGGAUCAUAGUCACAGACUUUUGCUAUCCUCCAUAGCCCUACCACCACCUCGAUGAUUACAGGAAGCCAAGGAUCACAGAAUUCUCUGGUACUGCACCUUGGAUUGUUUUUUUUAAUGUAUGUAUGUAACAUGCAUCAGAACAAAUGAUGUAUUUUUAUAAAUACAAAGUGACCACUUUUAUCUCCAUUCUUUUCAUUCAUAAUACUGGGACCAAACUAGGGGUUUGUCUGUUAUGUUUUUUGAAAGAGUAAAUCUAUAUACGUAUCUUGUAUGCUUUUUAAUUGACAUUUGUGAUGAAAUUCUUGUAUCUGUUUCAAUAAAUUAUUCUUCAUUUUCACA